AUCAAGCUGUCAAGCCUGUAAUUGACAACGAACGCUUGAGUUAUUUUUGUUGCAUUGUGUUUUAUUGAAAAUGUCUGAUAAUUUAUCUGAAGGUUGGAUUGAGAAGACGUCAAAAUCAACAGGGAAAACAUAUUACUUUAAUACAAGAACAAAAGAAAGUCAAUGGGAAAAACCUUGUGAUGGCGAAGAUGGAGGCAAAGUAAGAGCUUCACAUUUAUUGGUUAAGCACAACGAAUCUAGACGUCCUUCGUCGUGGAGGCAAGAUAAAAUCACUCGGUCUAAAGACGAAGCAUUAGAAAUACUUCAAGAAUACAUGAAGCAAAUAAAAUCUGAAGAGAAGACAUUUUCCGAGCUAGCAGAAACAGAAAGCGAUUGCAGCAGUGCCAAACGAGGGGGAGACCUUGGUUGGUUUGGACCAGGCCAAAUGCAAAAACCAUUUGAAGAUGCUACAUACGCACUCUCGGUUGGUGAGAUGAGUGGGCCAGUAUAUAGUGAUAGUGGUGUACAUAUAAUUUUGCGAACUGGUUGAGCCAUUAAUGGGUUUAACCAUGUAUUUAAAAAUUGGUGGAAAUUCUACAUAAAAAACACAGCCUUCAAUAACAUUAGGACAUCCAAUAAAAAAAAAACGAAAACUA